AUGCCUAAAUUUGUUUCUUUAUUUAACUAUCGUCACUAUUUACAUGUUAAUGCUCAGAAAUAUAGUACCUUAUCAGUGGUCUUCUUAUAUAGGCUAAGCGAUAGUAUACAAAAAGAAAACAUAUUCAAAGAAGGAUGUAUUAAGCAUUACAUUGAUAUGCCCAGAAACUAUAAUUACCUUAAAAAAAGUGACAGUAUCAAUUUAUUCAAAGAAAAAAGACAUUGUUAUUACUCUACUUCUAAUAAAGUUUAUGUAAAAGGAAAUGUUUCUGAGAUAAUAAGUUCACUAUGCAAAAAUAAAGAAAUUGAUGGUAUAGCGGCGAACAUAAUAUUUUAUAUUAUUAAAUUAAUGGAAAUUAAAAAUAUAAGAACAACAGACGAAUAUAAAGAAAACAUCAAAAAAAUAUUUAUAAACCUAGUUAAAACAUAUCAUAAAAUUUGUAAAUCCAAUAAUGGGAAUAUAGAAUAUAUUUUUUGUAUUUUUAAUGAGAAUGUUAUAAAAUCUGUUAGCCCCAAUUUAAAAAACAGCAAAAAAAAAACUAUUCAAGAAUUAAUACUAAAUAGUUUAUGUUUUUUUUUUAAAAAUAAUGAAAUAUAUAAAAACAAAUUGGACAUAAAUUUAAUAUGCGAUAUCGUAAGUCAUACAAAUUUUCUUAGCAUAUUAAAUAAUAUAAAUUAUGAAAAAGAAAAAAUUAAAGACAACUUAAAUGUGAAAAAUGUAGAUUAUUUAGUUGGACAGUAUUUGUCUGAUAAAAUAUACAUUACUACUUCCAUUGAAUUUAUCUCCAUAUUUUUGGCAUCUAUGAGCAAUCCUAGUAUUUAUAAUCCACUAAAGGAAAAUUCAUCAUUUAAUUGUGUAAAUAUAUUGGAUCAUAUAUUAAAAAAUGAGUCUAAAAAUUCUCUUUUUUUAUUUUUCGAUACUUUGGAGCAUAACCAUUUAAAAUUGGAGGCUUUUCGUUAUCUUUUGUCGGUGAAUCAACACACAGGUCUUUUUUCCAAUUAUUGGGGAUACUUAACCACGAAAGAAUAUCUUCUCAGUAAUAUUUCUACAAGUUUAGAUGAAAUAAAAAAAAUGGAAUCGAGCAAUCAAUGCCUUAUAAAGAGGAGUGAUAUAAAAAAUAAUCUAAUCAACAAUAUAUUUCAUGCAUGUAACGAAGACAGUUCCAGUAAUAUAAGCAAUGAUCAUUACACAUUGCCAGACGAAAUCAAAAAUAUAUGUUUUAUAAAAAAUAUGGAUGAAUUUGAAAAAAUGACAAUAGAAAUACAAGAAUAUCAAAAAAGGCAUUGGAUAAAUAACAUUUACAUGGAUGAUGAUAUAUAUAAUUUUGAUUAUAAUAAUAAUUUAACAGAUAUAGAAAAUAUUAAUCGUAAUUUAAGGAUGAAAAAAAAAAAAUUUUAUAUUGGUAUCGAUGUAGAAUGGAAUAGAAAGCAAAAAGCUAGUGUCAUAUCUUUUUCAACAUCUAAAAAAAUAUAUGUAGUUGAUUUAUUGAAUAUAGAUUAUAACUACAAAUUAUUAGUGUAUAAAUUUUUAAAAUGGAUAUUAGAAAACCCAUUUAUAUAUAAAUUGUUCUUUAAUUUUUUAUGUGAUAUAUAUAUAAUGUCAAGGUAUUUCAAAAAUAUAUCGAAUCUAAAUGCAUUUAUAAAUGUAAUAGAUCUUAAAAAACCCUUGAUAGUUGAAAAGUGUAAUAAUGAGGAUAUAUACAAUUGUAAUAAUAUUAUUAAUACUGAGUUAAUGAAUAGGAAUAUUCUUGAAAAUAAUGAUACCGGAUUAUUUAAAAAAUUAACAAACAGUAGCACAUAUAAUUUUAAGAAAGAAAUAGAAAAUAAAUUUAACGAUCCAGAAAAUAUAAUAACAGCAUUACCAAAAAAAAUUAAUAAAUAUUAUUUUAAAAGUUUAAAUGAUUUAUGUUUUCAAUUUUUGAAAAAAAAAUUAAGCAAAGAAUUACAAUUAUCCAAUUGGAAUAAAAGGCCAUUAUCAAAGGAGCAAAUCGAAUAUGCAGGUCUCGAUGCUUAUGUCCUUAUACCUAUAGAGGAAAAAUUAAUAGACGAUAAAUAUAUUUCUGAGUGUAAUACAAAUAGUCAUAUUUUGGUUGAUUCUUUCAUUCAGAAGUAUAAUUCAAAGAAUUGCUCCUGGGAUUGGUAA